AUGGUGACCAUCUCUCAAGCAAUACUAGAAGACAUGAUGUCCAUUGUGGACAUGGUGACAGCAAAGGAAGCUCAGGAAGCGAUUCAAGAGAUGCAAAUUGAUGAUGAGGUGUGGGAUAAGUUCAUCAACAAGCCGCUGAGGGCCAAGAAGGCCCAGAAGAGUUCAUUGGAGGAGGGUGAGGAGGAGGAAGAUGACACCGACGCUAAUGAUGAUGACAUCGGUGAUGAUGAUGGCAAUGCCAGCGACGACGGUGGUGACAAAGACGAUGAUGAUGGGGGUGACAAGGACGACGUUGAUGACGAUGACAAGGAUGAUGCUAAUGAUGAUGGUAGCGGCGACGAGGACAACGACAAUGCCGACGAUGAUGAGGCCGCGGAUUUCCAUUCGUAG